UCGUGAUAUUUAAUUCACAUCUUCCGGUUUAAAAUAUUUUGGCACUUUCUGAUUUGUUAACUGAGUAGGCCUGAAUCUUCUUACCCCGGAAAACAUAGAGUAACGCGAUAGGACCGGGGGACUAACGUAAGAGCGGGGGUGAGGAAUUGUAUACCAUACCGUAAGUCCUGGGAAAGCAACUAACGUGAGAGCGGGGUACACAAACAGGUAUCUGUGACCCAUCAUUUUCUGAGACCGCAGGGAGCGAUAGAACGCAGGCUCCUGCAUAUCACCUAAUUCUGGAGGGCAUCUUGAUAUUAUGGAUAAUCAGACUUUUAUUCUCCAAGACCUACAAACUUCAUGAGACUUACAAACUGACAGAAAGGGAAAAAGAGGACCUGAUAGAAGAAUGGCAGCCAGAUCUUCUUGUCCCUCUAAUCUCAAAAGACCAUCCUUCCCUUAAAUACAACAUUGUUUCAGGACCACCCAGCCAUAAAAUCAUAGUCAAUGGAAAAGAGUGCAUUAAUUUUGCCUCUUUUAACUUUUUGGGACUCCUUGACAAUGAACGUGUAAAGGAAAAGGCUUUGAUGUCACUAAAAAAAUACGGUGUUGGCACAUGUGGUCCAAGAGGCUUUUAUGGAACAUUUGAUGUCCAUUUAGAACUGGAGAAUCGCCUUGCCAAAUUCAUGAAAACAGAGGAGGCCAUUAUCUAUUCAUAUGGCUUUGCAACUAUGGCUAGUGCGAUUCCGGCCUACUCAAAAAGAGGGGACAUGAUCUUUGUGGAUGAAGCUGCCUGUUUCUCCAUCCAGAAAGGCCUUCAGGCAUCCCGCAGCUUCAUCAAAUACUUCAAACACAAUGACAUGGAGGAUCUGGAGAGGCUGCUAAAGGAACAAGAGGUGGAGGACCAGAAGAAUCCUCGUAAAGCUCGAGUGACGCGGAAGUUCAUUGUGGUUGAGGGAAUGUACAUCAACACUGCAGAUAUUUGUCCUCUCCCUGAACUGGUCAAGCUCAAGUAUAGAUACAAGGUGCGGAUCUUUUUGGAGGAAAGCAUGUCUUUUGGUGUGUUGGGUGAACAUGGCAAAGGUGUCACAGAACACUUUGGCGUGAAUAUUGAUGACAUCGAUCUGAUCAGCGCUAACAUGGAGAAUGCUGUGGCCUCCAUUGGAGGAUUCUGCUGUGGCCGUUCCUUUGUCAUUGAUCAUCAACGUCUGUCAGGACAGGGCUAUUGUUUUUCUGCCUCCCUGCCACCAAUGCUGGCUGCAGCUGCCAUUGAGGCUCUGAACAUCAUGGAGGAGGAUCCAGGUAUUUUCAUUGUUCUAAGAGAAAAAUGCAAACUUGUUUAUAAAGCUUUACAAGGAAUUCCAGGUCUGAAGUUGGUAGGAGAACCAUUUGCCCCAGCUCUUCAUCUACAACUAGAAAAGAGUUCCGGCUCCAGAAGCUCUGACAUGCAGCUGCUCCGCUCCAUUGUAGAUUAUUGUUUGGAACGAAAAGUUGCUUUGACUCUUGCUCAGUAUCUGGAAAAAGAAGAGCGAUUCCUUACCCCUCCCAGCAUCAGGGUAGUGGUCACCGUCGAACAGAAGGAUGACGACAUUCAGAAGGCUGUGUCCUGUAUCAGAGAAGCUGCCUCAGUUCUCCUCAAAUAGCAGCAAACCUUUCACAAACUUGUAAUUACAAGUUUACUGGGAAGCAGAUCUGGGGGGAACAUUGAGAAACACUGAAAGCUCCAAUUCAAACUCUAAAGUCUCCACACUCAGUGUAACAGUAAGAUCUGUCAUUUUUAUUUCAUGUCUUAAAACCAUGUCAUCAUAAGAGAUUAAUUCAUAUAUAGAGCAAUAAUUGUUGUUUAUUGCCAUGAAUAUCAAUAUGGAACUUUUCUGGCCUUUAGGCUAAAAGAAAAUGAGGGCCCCCAGCAUUUAAAACAAAAUUGUUUCAGUCUGUCCACUGCUUAUCACAAACGGGUGAUGUACUUUUUUAUCUAAUGACCAAAAGGACACCUUGCUUUUUGUUUAACCUGUCAGCAGGCUACUGGAACAUAAACAUGUCCUCUGACUGAGUUUGAAUGCCACUAAAAUUAACUAGAAAUACAUGAUUGUUCCUUUGGAAUCACAUGUUCAUUUUUGAUACAUGUACUUUGUGAGGGGUUACUGCAGCUAUGAUUUUUAUUAAAAUAUAUAAUGUAAAAUGUA